AUGAAGAUGUUGUUUCAAACCCUCUGCUCUUCUGGCAGUAAGUGGGAUGAAGAUCUGUCUGGCAAGGCCUUAUCUCGUUGGAAUUCUCUCGUUCACGACUUAAGGGCUUUAAGUGACAUACGAGUACCGCGUUGUUACUUCCAUGGUGGAUACGAUUCAUCUCCGAUUCAUCAGAUACAUGGAUUUUGCGAUGCAUCAGAAUUUGCCUUUGCCGCAGUUGUAUAUCUACAAACGGAACAUAAAAGCGGUGAAAUUGAAGUGAAUCUAAUAGCAGCCAAGACAAGAGUCGCUCCUAUCAAACGACAGACCAUACCACGACUUGAAUUGUUAGGCGCAACUACCUUAGCAAGAUUAGUUGAUUCGAUUGUGAAAGCGUUGACUUCAAUAAAAUGUAUCACUGUUAUUAUCCUAUGGACGGAUUCAUUUACCACAUUGUGUUGGAUUCGAAAUCAUAAACUGUGGAAGUCGUAUGUACAAAACCGCGUAAAGGAAAUGAGAAAGUUAACUAGUAGUUAUAAAUGGAGACAUUACCCUGGGGUAAUAAACUCUGCCGACUUGCCUUCUCGUGGGUGUUCCUUCCUCCAAGAUACUGAAGAAAAAUGGCCCGAAGAUCUUCAACCUAAAAAAUUGGAUGAGGACCAUUGCUACACCGAGAUAAUACGAAAUCCUCUUCUAAUAACACAUUCCUUCACGUUAACAUCGCUUCCUGACCGUAAUUGCAUCCACUUGGAGAAGAUUAUUGAGCAAGACAGAUAUGGUACGAAGAACAAACUACUUCGUGUCACAGCACAAAUUUUAAGGUUUAUCAAGAAAUCAAGAAAGCAACUAUGCUCUGUUACGUCUGAGUUGAAUGCCAAUGAGCUACUCGAAGCUGAGAAUUUAUGGAUCCGAAGUAUUCAGUUAGACGCGUUUUCUCACGAGUUACAAUGUAUUCGAGCCGGUCGUAAAAAUGUACGAGUUCAACAACUUGGUUUGUUUCUCGAUGAUGAUCAGAUUAUUCGGUGUGAAGGUCGAAUUGCCCACUCUACGUUACCUGAUAGUGCAAAACAGCCGAUUUUUUUUGCCUCAUAA